AUGCAUAUUUAUGCUCCCCUCGCCCGUUCCCUCAUCAAAUCCCGUUCCCCAACUCCUCCAAUUUCCAUUGUCAUCAACGUUACAUACCUCUCAACUUCAUCCCACUCAAAAACCCGUCACAGAAACUCCUACUACUUCUCUCGCAUUAUCCAAUCCAAUCCAAGCCCAUCAUCCCUCACCAAAAUCCACACCCAAAUUAUCACCUCCGGCCACUUUCAAAACCCAUUCCUCGUCUCCAAGCUCGUCUCGGUGUACUCUGACACCGGCGAUAUCAAAAUUGCUCGUAAGGUGUUCGACAAAAUGCCUGAUAGAGAUACCCAUUUGUGGAAUGUCAUGAUCAGAGGUUAUGCCAAUGCUGGCCCUCAAUCUGAAGCAGUUUGUAUUUAUAACGAAAUGCGACGGGCUUCUGUUGUGUCAAACUGUUACACUUACCCAUUUGUCCUUAAAGCGUGUGCUGCGGUUAACGAUGAAAGAAUUGGUCGGGGGAUUCAUGGGCAUAUUUUGAUUAAUGGGCUUGUGUCCAAUGUGUUUGUGGGCAAUGCCCUUGUGGCAUUCUAUGCGAAGAGCGGAGAAGCUGAUGUUUCAAGGAAACUGUUUGAUGAAAUUAUUGGAAAGGAUCUUGUGAGUUGGAACUCGAUGAUUGCGGGUUAUGCCCACAAUAAUAAUUUUAAUGAGGCGAUCGAUAUUUUUCAUAGAAUGCUGAAGGAGGGUUUUAUAAUGCCCGAUCGCGUCACUCUUGUGGCUGUUCUUCCUGCUUUAGCUGCACUGGCUGCGAUCCGUGAAGGGAUAUGGGCUCAUUCAUAUGCAAUAAAGAAAGGGUUGGGGCUUGACAUUGGUUUGGCUAGUGGACUAAUUGGUAUGUAUGCGAAUUGUGGCCGUUUGGAAACUGCAAGAAUGUUAUUUGAUCGAACUAGUGAAAGAAAUCUCGUUCUCUAUAAUUCUAUGUUACAUGCUUAUGGUACCCAUGGCCAUGCUUCAGAGGCACUAGAGGUGUUUUCACAGAUGUUGGAUAUGGGAAUCGAGCCCGAUGGUAUUUGCUUUGUGUGCUUGCUUUCUGCUUGUAGCCACGCUGGGUUAGUCGAUAAAGGUUUUGAGAUCUUUGAAAUGAUGACCAAAUACGAAAUCGAGAAGAAUCAAAUUCAUUAUGCAUGUAUCGUGGAUAUGCUAGGUCGAGCAGGACAACUGAAUCGGGCAUUUGAGUUUAUUAAGGAGAUGCAAGUGGAGCCUGGGAGAGAUGUUUGGGGUGCAUUGCUCGGGGCCUGUAGGAUAUGGAACGAUGUGGUUCUUGCAGAGGAAGCAGCAAAGAGAUUGUUUGUACUUGAUCCGGAGAAUGCAGGGCGAUAUGCAAUUUUGGCAAAUAUAUUUGAAGAUGUUGGGAGAGUGGAGGAUGCGGCGAGAGUGAGGAGGGCGAUGAGAGAUAGAGGGGUUAGGAAACCACUUGGGUGUAGUAUGGUGGAAGUGGAUAUGAAGGUGCAUACGUUUGGGGUUCAAGACGAGUCUCAUCCGAUGACUGAUGAUAUUUUUCAUGUCUUGUGUCUCUUGCAGAGAGAGGUGAAUGAGGACAGGAUGGAGCUUGGGAUGACUUGA